CCUAUUUACUGCAACUCUGCGAAAGCUGCAAAAAUAAAAUCAGCCGAUUCCUAUUUUUUUAUUUGUCUUCCUGUGAAGAAUGAAAAAGAAGAAGAGUACAACAAGUACUAAGAAGACGAAGAAGGUUUCAACAAUAGCUUAUUCGCAGCUUUUCCAAUUCUGGUGAGUGUUUCGCACUACAUUGCUCUUGCUCUACUGGAGAUUGCGGUUGUGUGUUACGAGAGCUAGAGUUGAAUUUGCUUUGGUCAACACAAUGGGGACUUGUGGUUGCUGACUUUUGUGAUUUUCAGUUUUCUACUUGGAUUUAGAUGGAUGUUUCUUCCAUUGUGCGAAAUACAACCCUAACUGAUCAAGAUCCUUUGUUAAUGGACCACGGUAACCGCGAGCACAUCGUUGACAUUACAAGCAAUGACGAGGAGGACUCUUCAUCAAGAUCUUCUCUCGAUGAGCUUACUCCUCAAGGUAACUCACAUCAAGGUGAAGAGACAGUAUUAUCAUCAUCAAAUGCUACACAACAACACCCAACUCAUCCAUCUCCUCCUCAGCAAAGACCAACUUCUUCUAGGAGAGGAGAUAACGGGAAUGGUCGCCGUACUAGGAGUCCAUUGAAUUCUGGCCUCUGGAUCUCAGUUGAGUUAGUUGUCACUGUCGCUCAGAUUGUUGCAGCCAUUGUAGUUAUGGUUCUGGCUAAAGAUGAACAUCCUGAAGCGCCAUUAUUUACUUGGGUUAUUGGAUAUACUUGUGGCUGUCUAGCCACUCUCCCUAUUCUCUAUUGGCGUUUUCGCACUUAUAAUCGAGCUACAGGGCAAGACUCUUCACAACGUGCUACCUCUUCUCAAGGCAAUAGUGAGUCCACACCAUAUACAGCAGUCUCAGUUGCUCAAGCAGCAGAUGAAGAAAAUAGCACUGGCGUGAGUGCAGCACCUAGAAACAAUCAAGUUGGGGAAAGCUUAAGAACAAGGCUCAACGGGCUAGUGGACCACUUCAAGAUGGCGAUUGAUUGUUUCUUUGCGGUGUGGUUUGUUGUGGGGAAUGUAUGGAUAUUUGGAGGUCACUCAUCUCCUUCUGAUUCUCCUAAACUGUACAGGUUAUGCAUAGCGUUCCUUACUUUCAGUUGCAUUGGAUAUGCAAUGCCAUUCAUACUAUGUGCAACCAUAUGUUGUUGUUUGCCUUGCUUAAUCUCGGUUCUCGGAUUUCGAGAGAACUUCUCACAAACUAGAGGAGCCACUGCCGAGGCCAUCAACGCAUUGCCUGUCUACAGGUUCAAAUCAAAAAGUAGAAAUGAUUUGGAGUUUUCAGAAGAAGGUGAAGGUGGAUUUCUUCUCUUGGGGUCUCAGAAGAAACGUCUUAUAUCAGGCGAGGAUGCCAGCUGUUGCAUCUGCUUGACUAGAUAUGGAGACGACGAACAAGUUAGAGAGCUGCCAUGCUCACAUGUCUUCCAUGUAGACUGUGUAGACAAAUGGCUUAAAAUCAAUGCGACUUGCCCUCUCUGCAAAAAUGAGGUUGGAGAAAGCAGCAGUGCUUCCUCAUAGACAAAAGCUGAGUUGAUCGCAACUGUUUGGAAUUUGGGAUCCAUAGUCUGUGACGUGUAUAGACUUAAGACUUGUAUAGUUGAGAUGUUGUUUAUUCAUUUUGUCUUUCCAAAUCAAUAAAUUUCGAAAUAAAGUUGUUAUGUAUAUGAGAGAACUAUAUAAGAAAAAGAUGUAACGUCUCACUCAAAGGUAGGCUCGUCAAAUCAAAAUUUUCC